CCGAGCGCCAUUUCCCUCCAAGAGGCGGGAGGCCCCUUCGCUGAAAGCCUCGAUUAUUAUUUUGGGCAGUGGCGGUUGUUGUUGUUGGUCGUUGUCGCCGCCGCCGCCAUGGGCUUCCUGCGGCUCAUCGAGAUCGAGAACUUCAAGUCGUACAAAGGCCGACAGAUCAUCGGGCCCUUCAAGAAGUUCACGGCUAUCAUCGGUCCCAAUGGCUCGGGCAAAUCGAAUCUCAUGGAUGCCAUUAGCUUUGUAUUGGCGGAGAAGACGAGUAACCUGAGGGUGAAGACGCUGAAGGACCUGAUCCAUGGAGCCCCAGUGGGAAAGCCAGCAGCCAACCGCGCCCUGGUCAGCAUGGUGUAUGCCGAAGAUUCUGGUGACGAUAAGGUGUUCACCAGGGUCAUUGUUGGUGCUUCAUCGGAGUACAGGAUCAACAACAAGGUGGUGCCCUUGCAGGACUACAGUGAGCAGCUAGAGAAACUGGGAAUUCUCAUCAAAGCCCGUAACUUCUUAGUGUUUCAGGGCGCGGUGGAGUCCAUCGCCAUGAAGAAUCCCAAAGAGCGGACUGCCCUGUUUGAGGAGAUUAGCCGCUCGGGGGAGCUGGCUCAGGAGUACGAUAAGAGGAAGAAGGAGAUGGUGAAGGCUGAGGAGGACACGCAGUUCAACUACCACCGGAAGAAGAACAUCGCAGCAGAGCGCAAAGAAGCCAAGCAGGAGAAAGAGGAGGUAGGCAGCUGGUAUGCGAUUGCGGGCCUGCUUCAACCACAGAUUGAACAGGCCGUCUUUGCCCUUCUACUUUGCGCUGCUUCUUCUGCCCCUCGUAUGUCUCCUCCUGCCCGGUACAUUAUCUCUGAUUUCCCGUGCUGCCGCUAA